ACCCCCCGCUCUCUUCCAUCCCAAUUCCGGUCUCCCUUUCCCUCUUUCCUCUCCUCGAAACCGCCGUCGCGAUUGCAGAAGAGAUCAAGGGAGAAGGACGCAGGAGAGAAGGAGCACCUCGUCGCUUCACUCUCCCCCGUAUCGGAAACCCUGACCGUGAUCCAGUCUCUCGUUUUGUCUCCGAUUUCCGUCGAUCAAGGGGUAAAAAGAAGAUUGUAGGAAUGGUUAUUCGGCCGCCAUUGAAGUGAUCGAGGGUUUAAUUCGUCGAUCAUGUCCUCCUCGUCGCCCGCCGUCAACUCUCAGUCGCCGAGUCUCAAGACCUAUUUUAAGACUCCCGAGGGCCGAUACAAGCUCCAGUACGAGAAGACCCACCCAGCCGCCGUCCUACACUACUCGCAUGGCAAGGCCGUCUCCCAGUUGACGAUCGCCUAUCUGAAGGAGAGGCCCACGACCCAGGCUUCGGCCACGCCGUCGAUUCCGAGCGCUGGUGGAGUGAGGUCAGCAGCAGCUAGGUUGCUUGGUGCAGGAAAUGGAAGCCGGGCGCUCAGUUUUGUUGGUGGUAAUGGGGUGAGUCGGCCGGUGUCGGGGAGCAGCAGGAUUGGAGGGUCUGCGGGAGCCUCAACGGGAUCGGGCAGUUCGCAGCCGGUGGCCAAUUUUGACGACAAAGGGACUUAUCUUAUAUUCAACUCGGCCGACACUCUUUUCAUCAGUGAUCUCAAUUCUCAGGACAAGGAUCCUAUCAAGUCCAUACAUUUCAGCAACUUGAACCCAGUUUGCCAUGCCUUUGAUUCAGAGGUGAAGGGUGGGCAUGAUUUGCUCAUUGGUCUGCACACUGGAGACGUCUAUUCAGUGUCUUUGAGGCAACAACUACAGGAUCCAGGGAGGAAGCUUGUUGCUGCUCACCACUACAACAAAGAUGGCAGUAUUAAUAAUAGUAGAUGCACUUGUAUUGCCUGGGUUCCAGAAGGUGAUGGCACAUUUGUUGUUGGUCAUGCUGAUGGAAACAUAUAUGUGUAUGAAAGGAACAAAGAUGGUACUGCUGAUUGUUCUUUUCCUGCUAUUAAAGAUCAAGCUCAAUUUGCAGUUGCACAUGCACGGUCACCUAAGAGCAAUCCAAUCGCUAGAUGGCAUAUUUAUCAAGGUUCGAUCAAUAGUUUAUCUUUUUCAUCUGAUGGAACAUGUUUGGCCACCGUUGGUAGAGAUGGUUACUUAAGAGUAUUUGAUUUUGCAAAAGACCAACUAAAAUUUGGUGGGAGAAGCUAUUAUGGUGCCUUGCUAUGUUGCACUUGGAGUUCGGAUGGAAAGUAUAUAUUGACCGGUGGAGAAGAUGAUUUAGUGCAAGUUUGGAGUACUGAAGAUAGGAAAAUAGUAGCCUGCGGUGAGGGCCAUAAUUCAUGGGUUAGUGGAGUUGCUUUUGAUUCGUAUUGGUCAACACCAAAUUCAGAAGGAACAGGAGAAAAUGUUGUCUAUCGUUUUGGUUCUGUCGGUCAGGACACACAGCUACUUUUGUGGGACUUGGCCAUGGACGAAAUUGUUGUGCCACUGCGUUGCGGUCCUCCUGGUGGUUCACCUACUUUCAACAGUGGAAGUCCUGCUGCUCAUUGGGAUAGUGUUUGUGUUGUGGGCUCCCUCCAGCCUUCUCCAAGCAUAAGAGAUGUGCCAAAAUUUUCUCCUCUAGUUGCCCAUCGUGCGCAUGUGGAUCCCCUUUCUGAGUUGAUAUUUACUAAUGAAUCUGUUGUCACAAUUUCACGGGAGGGGCAUAUCAAAAUAUGGAUGAGGCCCAGGCAUGCCGAGAGCAACGAAUCAAGCUCGUCCGAGGCAGUUGUGCCCACUGCUAGCGUGAAGGACAGACCUACCACAUCUUCCAUCAAGAACAGCAGUUUCAGUUACAAGCAAUCAUCAUCAGUUCUCUUUUCGUGAUACCGCCAGCCUAAUCAUCAAUUGAUGUUCUUUGUGAAUGCAGAGUUAAUUUGACAACUCAAUCUAAGCAUGAAGAGGUUGUCAAAUCUCACUGGCAUCAUUUCCAGAGUGAGUUGUCGAUGAAGUUUAUGGGGGGCUCUACGCCGGACGAUCUUUCUGUUAGCAGUAUGUUGAGACUGCCAUUUUGUGUGGCAACUGAGCAAAUAAUGGAAUAUACUCUCUUGUAGAUAGAUAGAUAUAUUCCAACCCAAAGGCCAAAAGUAGCCUCAUACCGUAGCUUGCAUGUUAUAGUUUUACAUGUCGGAUCGUGGAAUUGCGUUGUGGGAAAUAUAUUCCCUUUCGCCUAUCAAACAUUUCUCCAAAUAUAUAAUCCACCAGUAGGCCUGUAAAUCAUAGUGGAGAAGAUUUUAUUAGCUCACAA